CAACCUGCAUGCUCAAAGAAACAAUCGCCUCGAACCAACACGACAUCGUAAUCUUCACGCGCUCUGCACCCUCAAAGCCACACCCCUCCCCUAGAGUCUCCUACCUACAGGUUGACUACACCUCUCGCGAUGCCCUGAAAAACGCCCUACGUGGCGUUCACACCGUUCUCUCUUUCUUCGUCGUACACCUCGACGUCGACAACAUCGGACAGAAGAAUCUUAUCCACGCCAGCAUCGCAGCAGGCGUAUCCCGCUUCGCCCCCUCAGAAUGGAGCAUCGCAAGCAACAGCGGUGUACCCAGCUACGUAGGAAAAGACCACAUCCGCAGCUACCUAGAAGACCUAGAUGCCAAAGGCGAGCUAAACGGCAUGCAAUAUUGUUUCUUCCAGCCAAGUAUCUUCAUGGAUUACUUUGCGCACCCGUACCCGCUUGAACCCGAUCUCAUGACAUGGCCUUUCUUCGUUGAUUUUGAGAACAGGCGCGCGAUGCUGCUGGACGAGGGAGACCAGCCGAUUGUGCUGACGGCCAUGCAGGACGAUGCCGCGAUUCUUGCAAAGGCGCUUGCGGAUACGGAGAGGCCUUGGCCGAAGGUUGGCGGCAUCGCGGGGUGCCACACUACUAUUAAUGAGAUCAUUGCACUGGGAAAGAAGUUGCGGGGUGGCGAGUGGUCGAUUGAACGGGUGUCUGGUGCCGACAUAAAAGCGUGGGAGCUCAAGACGAGUUGGAUUCCGAAAAUUUCGCACCCGACGGUGCAGGAAGAUCAGCAAGAAGUCUUUUCGAAGACGUUCGUGGUCAUGUUCUUUCAGGCGAUUCUGAAUGGGUCGUGGAAUGUGAGUGCGGAAUGGAAUGAGAGGUUUCCGGAUCACAAGUUUAUAGGGUUGGAGGAGUAUCUUGCCAAGGCUUGGGAGGGUAAGCCAUAGUAGGUGUGUUUGGUGUCAAAAGUUAAGCGACGAGACCUUGAUUCCAACUACCAUGGAUCUCAGGGUAACCCUCACAUCCAGCAAUGUACAAUCGCAGUUCACAUGCGAAUUAAGAUAAAAUUGAGUAAAACUUCAUGGAAAUUAAUUCA